CCGGCCCCGCCGCCCGCCCGCAGCCCCGCGCAGCCAUGGAGGGCGAGGCCAACGGGACCCUGAACCCCUCCUGCGGCUCCAGCGAGCCGCCCUACUCGGAGGAGCUGCUCCGGAGCCUUGACCUACCAGGGAGAUUUCUCUUUGCAACCUUGACUCUGAUGACGCUCAUUGCCAUUCUGGUGUUUAUAGAGGAAGCAGUCUACAUCUACAGGAAAAUCCCCUCCUCCAAAAGUUCAAUCAUAAUUUGGAUUAAUGCUGCAGCUCCAGUGAUCUCUACUACUUCAUGCAUUGGCAUGUGGGUUCCUCGCUCAACGAUGUUUACAGAUUUCACAGCAGGAAUAUUUUUUGCCAUAGUUAUCCACAAAUUCCUGAUGAUGAUGAUUAAAGAGUGUGGAGGGCAGAAGGUGCUCCUCAGACGGUUUGAAAAUGGUCACUUCACCAUCUCCACCGGCCCCUGCUGCUGCUGCUGCCUCUGCCUGCCCCAUGUGCCCAUCACCAGGCAAACCCUCUUUUGGCUGAAGCUGGGCACCUUUCAGUUUGCUGUCUUUCGGCCUGUGCUCAUAUUUUUAUCAAUAGUGCUUUGGACUAAUGGCAAUUACGUUCUUUACAAUUUGUCUCCCAAAGGACCUGCACUAUGGAUCAGCUGCUUCAUUGGUGCCCUCACCCUUUGUGCUCUGUGGGCAGUAGGAAUCAUGUUUCGAAAAGUUAGGAUUCUCCUUAAGUGUAAGAACAUUAUCCCAAAGUUUGCUCUUUAUCAGUUUAUUGUCAUUCUGAACCACCUGCAGACCACUAUUAUCAACAUAUUCGCCACACAAAAAAUUAUUCCCUGUGCUCCACCACUCUCCUCUACAGCAAGAGGAUCAUACAUUUCCCAGCAGCUGCUCAUCAUGGAAAUGUUUCUGAUAACUGUAAUCUCAAGGGUGGUCUAUCGGAGAAAAUACCACGACCUAGAGCCUCCAGAGUGUGUGACUGAAGAACCCAGAGACAAGAAGCAGGCUCCUAAAAUUAUCCUAAAUGGUGCAGUUGUUGAAGAUGCAUUGCCAAAGGUUUAG